AUGAAGCCCGUAAGUCUAAGGCCUUUUUUGCCCCGCCCGGCAAUUCGAAGGAGAAUCUGGAUGUCCCGAAGUUAUGCAGUUCAAGCUCCCGGAUCACCAACUCUCCAAAUCUUCAAUCGACAUACAAAAUACCUACAGAAGGAGCGGGCCGCUUCCGAUGUAGAACGGAGCAGACAAGUGGACUAUCUGAAGGAUGAGGUAGCUAUGCGGCUAUCGGAAAGACUCCUGGAUAUCAACCGCGAGUUCGACAAUGUCCUCGACCUCGGCGCAAACUCAUGUCAAAUCGCACGGGCACUUACUCUCCCAGAACGCUACCCAGAUCCCACCAAGGAGCCUGUUUCUAUCUCUUCGCGACUGUCGAAGCUCACAGCAGCAGAGUCGUCACGAAGUAUGUUGUACCGAGACGUGGACCUACCCUUCAACCAAAAGAUUACACUUACACGCGAAGUGCUUGACGAUGAAGAAAGGCUUCCUUUUGAAGCAAACACAUUCGACGCUGUGCUAAGCUCCCUGAGUAUGCACUGGAUCAACGACCUACCAUCGCUACUGGCACAGAUAAACCAUGUUCUGAAGCCCGACAGCCCGUUUUUGGCGGCGAUGUUUGGAGGAGAUACCUUGUACGAAUUGCGGACUUCUUUACAAUUAGCAGACCAGGAGCGGAGAGGUGGUGUCUCUCCACACGUGUCUCCUCUGGCUGAUGUUAGAGAUAUGGGCGGGCUUUUACAGAAGGCUGGGUUCAAAAUGCUGACGGUUGAUGUCGAUGACAUCAUUGUUGACUUUCCCGAUACAUUUUCUCUGAUGCAAGACUUGCAGGCGAUGGGAGAGAGCAAUGCGAUUCUUGGAAGAGAACCAGGGGCCAUCAAAAGAGAUGUUCUGCUUGCGAACGAAGGUAUAUAUCGGGAGCUUCACGGCAACGAGGAUGGUACGCUGCCAGCGACGUUCCGGAUGAUAUACAUGAUCGGCUGGAAAGAAGGCCCAAACCAGUCUCAGCCACUGCCUAGAGGAAGUGGCGAAAUUAACUUGAAAGAUAUCCUGGGCGGUGGCGAUAUUCGAUGA